AUGGAUAAGAGGAUUGCGGGGAUUGAGGAUAAACUAAAUAGAAUGCAUAUCCGGCCUUCGCCAGUCCACCCGUCGUCAGCCGGCCCUUCGCCACUCCACCCUUCAGCAGGACACCCGUCGCAUGUCAACCGAGCCGCGAUGGAGCAGUGGAUGUCGCCGCAGCACCAGAAAUUCGCCAGUAACCCUUCGCCACAGCACCAUCUCUUCGCCAACAGCCCUUCGCCACAGCAUCAUCUGUUUGGCAACAACCUACUGAACAACCUUCCCACAUUCGACCAGCUGAGCGAGAGGCACCGGCACUCUCACGAGCACCGGCGUCAGAAACCGGACGGCUCAGGGAAGGACAGAAUCGCGCGACGAAUCUCCGAGGAUGCUUCCAGCGUUUCGUCGGAAGGUUACCACACAGACCCUGCCGUCCGCGCGGAACCUUCCUGGACGGCGCGGUCAGUGGAAUCAGCGGCUUCUGUUCCUCCUGUUCUCCGGACGGUUAAAAGUCCCGCGCAUCUCGCCUCGUAUCACCCGCAGCGGAACCACCGUGGCGGCGUUGCUGCCGCAUCUGCCGCCGCUCCUUCCGCGCAUGGAGCUCCAGAAGCCCCGAGCUCGGGGCUUUCCCCGCAUUUUCCGCAGGCGCUGCGGAACUGCUACUCUGCUCCGCAACCCGGCGAGUCGGAAACGUGCGUGCUUUCACGGCAGCUCGCCGGCGCGCGGGAGAUUAAAAUCAUGGCUCGCGAUGCGGCGGUGUGCGGUUCCAUGGUUGAAAUGGGAGCCGCGAAAGUGCUGUUGUCGGUUGUAGACAGCGUGAUAGAAGCGGAAGAAGGAAGACAGUUCAUGGAUUUGCGGUAUCAGGUUGCCGAGGAGGCAGCGGCUGCGCUGCUGAAUCUGUCUCUAGAUAAGCCCGCCAAGCACAUGAUGAGGAGCCAUGGCAUCAUACCCACCGUUGUGAGGUUGGCUGACAUCACACGCAGCAGUCCGGACUGCCCUGACGGUGCCAGUGGUAAUGCUCGUAAAUCACCCAACAGUGCCCAGCAGAAUGACAUCAGUAGCUGUUCUGACAGUAGCUCCGGGACCACCGCCCCCACCCGCACCAGCUCUGCCCAUUUGCCUCUUAGAGAGCUUGCUGUGGCAAUAAUCCACAGUCUUGCACAGUCAACAACGCUGAAAGAGGAUCUUGUGGAUCAGUGGGUGGUGCAGCCGCUGGUAGGCCUGUUGAGGGAGCCAGCAUUCAGCAAGGAGGGACAGAAGGACGCCUUGUACGCGCUCUACCUCUUAUCAAUGUGCGAGUCUGGGAUGUUGGCUCUUGCGUAUCGCGGCGCUGUGCCUUUGUUGCUGGAGGUGGCACUGUGCGGUACGCAAAGAAGUGGCCAUCUGUAUGCGAAGCAGUCAGGGAGAUUCUUUGACAAGGCCAUGCAUGCAGUGGCGAAUGUAUCUAAGGAGCGAUCAGGACUUUCUUCUUUAAUAAGCAGCAAAGUUAAAUACUGGUCUAGUGAAGAUGGUGCUGCUGGCUCUGAUGGCUUCCCUCAAAUUGGACAUGGAAGCUGCAUCGAAGUUUCAGGACUGCAAGGGCUUUUCAAGCUGCUUGCAAAUGGGAGCGAGGUGACGAAGCAGCAUGUUGUUUCUACACUGCACGGGAUUGUCAGAAAUGCUGAGCAAUGUGGUGCACAAGUUUUGGAUGAGAUCUGGUCCUUGCGGCAGAAGGAGAAGCCGAGGCCACAUUUGGAGGCCUUAGCAACUGCUGGAUCGCUCCAAGCCGAGCAGCUCUUGAUGGUAUUGUUUCCUGCCAAGGUGACUAAAGAAGCAGCAAAAAGCUGA